GGGGGCAGCGCUCGCUGAGUCGCUGCUGGAUCGCUUAUCUGAGAUCUCAAAGUCCUCCUCGCGUCCGUGCGCGCUCCCCUCUCCGCGGACCUGCCAUGGAUGUUGCUGCUCCUGGAUGUCUAUUCUUUAUCAUUUUCCUUUACUUUCAGCACGCGGAAUCUCUUUACAUCGCCGACAGUAUAGAUUCCCUGCAGCAUGUCCUGAGGGAGUACGGGCUAGUGAAGCCGGUGAACGUGGAUGCAGACGGACGCUUCCUCUCCCACGCCGUCUCUGCCAGCCGGCUGAGUGGGCAGUGGUCCCAUCGGCGCAGGAGGAGGCAGGCCAACCAGCAUGGAGAGACCAAUGAGUCGGAGACAAACUCAGAGCAGGACCACCUGAGGCACGAGGAGACGCUCUUCUAUAACGUUACUGUUUUCGGACAGGAGCUUCACCUUCGCCUCAGGCUAAAUUCCAGGCUCGUGGCCCCAGGAGCCAAAGUGGAGUGGCUGGAGGAUGAUAACCAAACGCACUCUGAACCCUUGUUGCCCAGUGACUGUUUAUUUGUGGGUCAUGUUACCAACAUGCAGGACACAUCAGUGGCUAUCAGCAAUUGUGAUGGCCUGGCGGGGAUGAUCCGAGCAGGUCAAGAGGAGUUUUUUAUCGAGCCGCUGGAGAGAGGAGGAGACAUGACAGGAGAAGAGGAAGGAGGGCCAGGACGACAUCACAUCGUCUACCGCUCCUCUGACAUCAAGAGGCCGCCUGUCAAUCAGCCGGCCGACUUUCACCCCAAAGGUUCCCCUCUGGGCGGUCUAGCUGGAAUGAAGGAUUUACACCACAGUGUUAUGACGAAAGCAAGUAACGCACGAGCCCGCAGAGAGACGUAUGAAGAUGACAUCUUUAACAUUGAGGUUCUGUUGGGGGUCGACUGCUCUGUGGUGAUGUUUCAUGGCAGAGAGCACAUCCAGAAGUACUUGCUGACCCUCAUGAACAUUGUGAAUGAGAUUUAUCAGGACAGUUCUCUGGGUGCCCAGAUCAAUGUUGUGCUGGUUAGAAUCAUGAUGCUGUGUUCACAAAAGUCCAUUGGUUUGAUCGAGCUGGGUAACGCCUCUCAGAGUCUGGAGAACGUCUGCCGCUGGGCUUUCCUCCAGCAGAAGGAAGACAAAAACGAUGCAGAAUACCACGAUCACGCCAUCUUUCUCACCAGACAAGAGUUUGGGCCCACUGGCAUGCAGGGUUAUGCUCCUGUGACAGGUAUGUGCCACCCUGUAAGAAGCUGCACUUUGAACCACGAGGACGGCUUCUCCUCUGCUUUCGUGGUGGCCCACGAGACAGGACAUGUUCUGGGGAUGGAACAUGAUGGCCAGGCGAAUGAAUGUGGAGAUGAGGUGCCGAUGGGCAGUAUUAUGGCUCCUCUGGUUCAAGCAGCCUUUCAUCGCUUUCACUGGUCCAGAUGCAGUCAUCAGGAACUCAGGAGGUACCUCAGUACAUAUGAUUGUCUGCGUGAUGACCCGUUUGAUCACGAGUGGCCGACUCUACCCCAGCUGCCCGGUCUUCACUACUCUAUGAAUGAACAGUGUCGAUUUGACUUUGGCAUGGGCUACAUGAUGUGCACUGCGUACAGCACCUAUGACCCGUGCAAGCAGCUGUGGUGCAGCCAUCCCGAGAACCCUUUCUUCUGCAAGACCAAGAAGGGCCCUCCUAUAGAUGGGACCAAGUGUGCAACAGGGAAGCACUGUUUCAAGGGUCACUGUAUUAAGUUGACACCGGACAUUCUCAGGCAGGACGGCCACUGGGGUCAGUGGACCAAGUUUGGUUCUUGUUCUCGCACCUGUGGCGGUGGGGUUCAAUUCCGCACUCGUGAGUGUAACAACCCGAUACCAGCCAAUGGGGGGCGCACUUGUUACGGAAACAACUACGAGUUCCAGCUGUGCAACAUUGAGGAGUGCGAAAAGGACCUGGCUGACUUCAGAGAGGAGCAGUGCAUCAUGUGGAACCCCCACUUUGAGCAUGAGGGCACCAAACACCAUUGGCUGCCAUUCGAACAUCCUGAUCAUGAGGAGAGAUGUCAGCUGUACUGUCAGUCAAAGGAGACCGGAGACGUGGUGUCCAUGAAGAGAAUGGUGCACGACGGCACGCGUUGCUCCUACAAAGACCCUUACAGCGUGUGUGUGCGCGGAGAAUGUGAGAAAGUGGGCUGUGACCAUGUGAUCGCGUCUGAGCUAGAGGACGAUAAGUGUGGGGUGUGUGGGGGAGGCAAUUCAACCUGCAAGAUCAUGAAGGGCAACUUCACCCGCAGCACAAGAAAACCAGGUUUUCUGAAGAUCCUGGAGAUUCCCAGAGGGGCACGCCACAUUAUUAUUCGUGAAUUCAAAGGAACCCCACACAUUCUAGCGGUGAAGAACCAAGCCACGGAUCAUCUGUUUUUGAACGACGAGGGUGAUUUUCCAGAGUCACGUACGGUGAUCGAGAAAGGCGUGGCGUGGGAAUACACUAACAAUGAUGAUAUGGAGACGCUCCAGACGACUGGACCGCUCAAAUAUGGAGUUCUCAUUAUGGUUCAGUCUCAAAGUUUUUCUAAGGUCACGCUUUCAUACAAAUACAUCCUGCCGGAGGACCCCCUUUCAUCCAUGGAGAACACGCUUCCUCAAGACGACACGCUUUACUUCGAGUGGGCAUUGAGGAAAUGGUCACACUGUUCCAAGCCGUGCGGUGGAGGGAAGCAGUAUACACGAUUUGGCUGCCGGAGGAAGUCGGAUGGCAAAAUGGUCCACCGCACGCUCUGCUCCAACAUACCCAAACCUCGCGCCAUCAGCCGAGCCUGCAACCAGAAGGAGUGCUCGGAACCAAUCUGGGUCACGGGCGAAUGGGAGGAGUGCAGUAAAUCGUGCGGGAAAUCUGGUACUCAAACACGACCUGUGCGCUGUGUCAGAGCUGAACUGGAAGGUUCAUACAAAGCCAUCAAUGCCAAAUACUGUAAUGAUGAUCGGCCCGAAGGACGCCGGCCGUGUAAUCGUCAUCUGUGCCCUGCGCAGUGGAGAUCCGGACCCUGGUCUCAGUGCUCGGUGACGUGUGGUAAUGGAGCUCAGGAACGGCAGGUUAUGUGCAGCACCCCUGACAAUGCCAUCGGCAUCUGUAUGGACAACAAACCUGAGAACAUGAGAACCUGUCUGCUGACCCCAUGUGCAAAUGACCGAGGGAACUUCCUCAUCCAGUGGCUCUCCAGAGCAGACCCCGAGUUCCCCGCACCCAAGAUCUCCUCAAGGUUACGCUGCAAAGGAGACAAAUCCAUGUUCUGUCGGAUGGAGGUUCUCAGUAAAUAUUGCUCCAAUCCCGGCUACAGGCAGAUGUGCUGCAAGUCCUGCAAAGAAGGCAACUACACUGCUGAAUUCAACCUUACCAGACCCUUGACCUUCACCACUGUUGCACCUCCCAUAACCUCCAUUCCUGCUCACACCACACCGAAGCCCAAAACCCCUUUAACAAUCACACCAUCAGUAAGCAGAUGGAGACCCACCACCGACCCUACACCUUGGAGCCACAUGACCACUUUGACCCCCUCCACCCACAAGAGCCCUUUUCCCACUACAGACAAUCGCCGUCCCAGCACGGCCCACUAUGAAGAAGAUACCAGCGUCACCUUCAGCGAGGAGGAAACAUGGAGUGAAACUUCAACAGUACAUAUAGUGGCGUACAUCUCUCCAUCUACAAAGCCAUGGCCAACCACUCCCCGAUACACAAGUACUCAUGAUGACCUCGACACGACUCGAAUGAUUGCGACAAGCCCUCCUACUAUAAUAAGCCUCCAUAAAUCAAAUGACAAGGUUUCCUACAGUAUUACCAAUCCAAAUGAAGUCUCACUCAACCACCUCAUACCCAUAAAGCGAGUGCCGUUCCACGAGAAAACGCAAAAUAAAAGAAUCCAAGAGCUCCUCGCAGAGAGUAGAAAAGACAAUCUCCUUCACAGACUGAAAAGGAAACCAGGAGACUGAGAAAUAGCUUCUUGUGUUUGCUUAUCCCUGUUGAUCCUGUGGUGUUUUGGGAGUACUUUUUUCAAAGUGAUUUUAAAGCCGCUACACUCACUCUUGGCAUUUACGUUAUUAUUCAGAAAAUUGCAGCAGAUCUCAGUCUUUCGUGCAGUAUCUGUCGAGGCCUUUCAACACAUGCGAUCCGGAAAGAAAAACGACCGUAGUCGACGCUUAAGUGAAAAUGAGACCGUUGCAGGGAUUUGCCACGUUUGAAAACAGAUGGAAUGAACACAGGAGAGUAUUUGAAUUUGCAUUUGUCAGCUUCAGAGGCCCAGUAAUCAUGGUUUGUAUUUGGACAACAAAAAGUAUUGCAAUAUUUCUCCGACCUGUGAUUCUAAAAGGUUGUGGAUUCAUUUUUGAAUGUUUUUUCAACAUCUGGUUCAUCUGCUGCAAUUCUCUACAAUACAGAUUUUAUAAAGCUAACUGUCCAGUUACAAGAAUCCUGUAUAACACUGUUUAUUUAUGUUGAGCCAUAUGUUGAAAAACGUUGUUUUCAUACCACUAGGAGCUGUUCACACAAGACACACUCACUCAUGUGUUUAAAAACAUUUACCCAACAAACACAGAAUAUUACCCUAACAUUAGUAUUUGCUUCCCAUUUGUAUACUUUUUACAAAACAAAAAAUAAUGUAUUUUAGGUUUAUUUCUGCAACCAAUAAAUAACGUUCCAAGAACGUUGCAAGAAUGGUUAUUUAUAGACAACCUAAAAAGAAUGUUCCUUAGUAAUUAUUUAUAAGUUUGAAAUUUUUCAAACAAAAACUAACCUUGCCAGAACAUUGUGGGAACCAAAUAUUUUAGCUGGCUAGGCAUAUUGACGGAUGCAACAGACAGCAGGUGUCUUAAACACCUUUAAAAAAGAUGAUCAGCUUCGAUAUUGUUUUAAAAUGUGGCACUCGUGAGAUUACGGCAAGGUGACACAUAGUCGAAAACAUUGAUCAACCUAGAAUAUUUCUCUGGUUGUACAUUUAGUUUGCAACCAAAAACUAAUCUUCCCAGAACGUUCUAGAAACCAACAAUCCAGUUUGGACAAAAGUAGCCCUUUUAAAAGUGUGCACUAGACAGGGCAUUUAGGACACACAACCUAUAUAAGUAAACGAUGCAAAAAUGAUGUUGAAAGCCUUUGUUAAUCAGAAUCAGGAUAAAAAAGUUUGCAAAGCACGCCUCUGUUAGUUUUUGAAGGCUGGGGUGCGUUCUGUGUGAAUGGCUCUUAAGAUCAUACGUAAAAUUCCACAAUGACUAUUUCUAAACUCAUUAAUCUAGUUUAAGAUUUCCAUUCAUCUAUUCAAUCUAUUGCUAAAUGUUGUAAAUAUGUACGAGAAUUUUAUUUUUGGUAUUUAUUUUUGACGUACCUGUGCUUUUCCCAAAGGCAUUAUCUGUCCAUUUUGCGCUUUUUUUGUGCAUGCGGCAUUAGUGAGAAUUCUGCACAUAUCAUGAAGCAUGUCAUCGACCAAUACUAUGAUUUAUUCACCACAUUGUCUGAGCACUGCAGUGGGGGUCUACAUUCUUGAUUCAUCACAUUCUUCAAUAAAUAAGGUU